UUUAAAAAAGGUCAGUUGUAUAGUGAUCCUGAGGAUAGCAGGAGUAGGAAACCAUAUCCAAGUAGGAAACCAAUGGAACAAUAAUUCGGACAGCUUCCUACAAAACAGGAAAAAGAGCCAUUGCUUGAAGGAAUAGCUUCGUCUUGCCAUUCUCUCUAUUUGUCACUAUAACUCCAAAACUAAAAUUUUCUUUACGGGUAAAUGCUCCUCUAUAGUUCUACAAUUCACCCUUUUCUUAUGCUAUUGCAUGGAUUUUAGGGUCUGCCUGUGUUUUUUCAUACUUGGUUCUAGCUGGUGCUGUACUGCUAGAGAAUUAUCAGCGCGUAGCCACCUUAUUACUGAAACUGAAGAUAUUUCUGUUCUGCAGAUAAAUAACCUAGAGGUGCCGAGACAAGUUCAACCUCCAGAAGAAGUCAGAGGAAAUGAACAGUGGUGCACAUUGUGUGAAGAAUAUACUGCCAAGGCACUAAAGUACGUGGCUAAUAACAAGACCCAAACAGAGAUCAUUGACCAUCUUCAUGAGUCCUGUUUGAAUAUGCCAUUUUACAAGCAGGAGUGCGUCGUACUUGUGGAUUAUUAUGCUCCUCUCUUCUUCUCAGAGAUCAACAAAAUAAGUCCUGAAGACUUUUGCGAAAAGUUUGACCUCUGUGAACGAGUGGUUACCAUUUCUCAGGUGCUUUCUGGACAGAGCUGUGAUUUAUGCCACCAAGUAGUUACAGAGGCCGAAUCUAAGUUGAAAGAUCCCGACACCCAGUUAGAAAUACUUGAGCUGCUCUUGAAGGCAUGUGGAGCUGUCAAACUCAAACCUUAUGCCACAAAGUGCAAGAAACUGAUCUUUGAAUAUGCGCCAGUGAUUCUCGUAAAUGCUGAACAGUUUCUGGAAAAAAAUGACAUAUGUGCUAUUCUUCACGCUUGUGAGCCUGCAGCAGAUAAAGAGCUACAAGCAUCGCCAAAGAUGCAAGCUUCAUUGCAUUCGGCCUCUUAAAGAAUUCAGAGCUUUUAGACUUUGUUGGGGACGUACAUAUUGUUGUAUGUAAACUAUUAAACACCAUCAUCAAGUUGUGUAUAGCGUGAUAGGUUGAGACUCAACCUUCAUUUACAGUUAUUUAUGCAAUAGUAAAUAUAUAUUUCUAAGUUUCCAA